GUCAUACCAUUCAGUGUUGUAAUUGGGAAACAAAGAAAGAAAAAGAGUGAUCGUUAGUUACCAAAGAUGAUAUCUUCUUCUUCUUCUGGAGGAUGGUGGGUAUUUGCGGCUGUAGUAGUCGUACCACUUCUUCAACUGUUGUGCUUCCUUACUACUACUACUACUACAGUGGCUGCCUCCAGAAUCAUUCCGAGCAACGAGACGGACCGCAUGGCGUUGCUCGAGUUCAAAUCCAUGAUUACUGGCGACCCUUGGGGGGCUCUGAGCUCGUGGAAUGAUUCCACUCACUUCUGCAAGUGGUAUGGUGUGUCCUGUUCCAGAAGACACACCGGGAGGGUUACAAUUCUCAAUAUUCCUUCCAACGAACUCUCGGGUUCCAUCUCGCCACAUAUGGGCAACCUCAGCUUCCUGACGGGGUUGGCUCUUUACAACAACAGCUUCAGCGGAGGAAUUCCUCCUGAAAUCGGCCGCCUCCGCAGGUUGCAGUACCUGGGGCUCCACAACAACUCGCUCCACGGUGAGAUCCCAUCAAACAUCUCGAGAUGCUCUGCUCUUGUCACGUUCUAUGCAGGAAAAAACAAAUUGGCGGGACAACUGCCGUGGCAGAUUGGGUCCUUGAACAAUCUGAUCGAGUUUCGUGUGGAAGGAAACAAUCUAGCAGGAAGCAUCCCUCCUUCGCUGGGGAACUUGUCAUCUAUUCGAGUGUUGUCGGUAAGCGAAAACCUUUUCAGUGGGAGAGUUCCUGAUGCUCUAGGCCAAUUGCGAAAUGUUUCGAGUCUGAACUUAGAACUGAAUUAUUUAUCCGGCAGAAUCCCUGCUUCCAUUUUCAAUCUUUCUUCUAUAGUGGUUUUGUCACUGGGAUUGAACCAACUCCACGGCAAUCUUCCCGAGAACCUUGGAGCAUCACUUCCCAAGCUACAGAGCUUCAAUGUCGGGUUCAACCAGUUUACUGGCAGUGUUCCAGCUUCCUUAUCCAAUGCUUCAAAUGUGGAUUCACUUCAACUGCAAAGCAAUCAUUUUACGGGGAGCAUUCCCAGCCUGGAAAGCUCUCACAAACUGUGGCGCCUCUAUGUCUUUAACAACUCUCUUGGAGCUGGGAUGGCUGAUGACUUGAGCUUCUUCUCUUCUUUGGCUAAUGCAAGCAGCUUGAUACACUUGUUCAUUCAUCUGAACAACUUCGAGGGCGACGUAUCCAAGUUCGUUGCCAACUUGCCAACCAGCUUGGAGAUGCUUUAUAUAUAUGGGAACAAAUUCUUCGGAAGAAUUCCAAGUGGGAUACAAAACCUCACCAACUUGCAUGUCUUGAACGCAGCUCAGAACAAGCUCUCCGGUAAAAUUCCAUCCAUCAUUGGGAACAUGCGCAAUUUAGAGCUUGUAGAAUUGUCCCUGAACCACAUUUCAGGAAAACUUCCAGCUUCCAUUGGAAACUUAACCAAAUUGUACAUAUUACAAAUGUUCUCCAACAAUUUACAGGGAGAGAUCCCAGCUACAAUUGGGAAUUGCAAACAAUUAGUAGCUUUGGCCCUCUCUGAAAACAACUUCAGUGGUGCCAUUCCCUCGGAAGUCAUGGGUCUUCAUUCCUUGUCUGUGAACCUAGAUCUAUCUUACAAUCUUCUCUCUGGCCCCAUCCCAAUUCAGGAAGGAAGACUGAGCAACUUAGCAUCUUUGGAUCUGUCUCAUAACAUGUUAUCAGGAGAAAUACCAAGUACUCUUGGUAGUUGUAUAAGCUUGGAGUCGCUGUACUUGGGAGUCAAUCGCUUGCAGGGCACUAUUCCUUCUUCCCUGAGUUCAUUGAGAGGUAUUCAGCUAUUUGAUAUCUCAACCAAUAAUAUGUCGGGCCAAAUUCCCAAAUUUUUCCAAGGCAUGAAGCAACUGCAGCUUUUGAAUUUGUGUUACAACAAUUUUGAGGGUGAAGUGCCAUCAGGUGGUGUCUUGAAGAAUGACAGCAUCAUUUUGAUCGUCGGGAAUAGCAAGCUUUGUGGCGGUGUGGUUCGACUGAAUCUUCCGCCAUGUAUCUUCAAACAACAAAAGAAGAGAUCGAGCUAUAAGUUGAUCAAGUUUCUCAUAUCAACAAUCUCUAGUCUGUUAUUUCUGGCCUUCAUGGGUUCUUGCUUGCUCAUCGUUUGGUUGAAAAAGAGGAGAAAACAAAUUACAGUACUUCUAGUCGAUGAUUCGCAGCUGCAAUUGUCCCACCACAACCUCUACAGAGCUACAGAUGGUUUCUCUGUAGAAAAUCUAGCUGGCGUAGGCAGCUUCGGUUCCGUGUACAAAGGGGUCCUUGAUGUGAAUGGGAUUGAAACCACCAUUGCUGUGAAGGUGUUCAACCUCCAGCGACGCGGUGCUUCCAGGAGUUUUAUGGCAGAAUGUGCAGCUUUAAGAAACAUCAGACACAGGAAUCUUGUGAAGAUACUAACAGUGUGUUCAGGUGUUGAUUAUCAAGGAAGUGACUUCAAGGCUCUCGUUUAUGAAUUCUUGCCUAACGGGAGCCUGGAAGAAUGGUUGCAUCCGGUUGAAAGUAGAGAUGAGCCUCUUAAGAGCUUGAAUUUCCUGCAGAGGCUAAAUGCUGCCGUUGAUAUAGCUUCAGCCGUGGAUUAUCUUCACCACCAAUACGGAACGCCGAUAGUUCAUUGCGAUCUCAAACCCAGCAACGUGCUUCUUGCCGAAGAUAUGACAAGCCACGUUGCUGAUUUUGGAUUGACAAGGUUCCUUCAAUCAAUCGAUGAUAUUUCUAAUGCAGGCCAGGCAUCAAGCUCUGUUGGCAUAAAGGGAACCGUUGGCUAUGCCCCUCCAGAAUACGGUAUGGGAAAUGAAGUCUCAAUACAAGGUGAUGUUUACAGCUACGGAAUUCUCUUACUUGAAAUUUUCACUGGAAGGAGGCCAACAGAUGAUACUUACAAAGAAGGCUUGAGUAUUCAUAAAUUCGUCAGAGAAGCUCUGUCGGAAAAGGUUAUAGAGAAAGUUCUGGAUCCUAUUCUACUCAAUGAACUACCUCUCGGUCGAACGACACAGUCCAGUGCCAUUGGUAGCAGCAGCAGCAACUCAACGGAAACUCACAACAAGGGCCAGACACUAAUGGAGGCUCUGAACUCCGUUCUGGAAAUAGGUGUUGCUUGUUCUUCGGACUCUCCAAGCGAGAGAAUCAGUAUCAGUGAAGUUGUAGCUAGGCUUGUCUCUCUGAAAAAGUUGCUUCAUGGUAAAUUUGCUCGAAGACAGAUGGGUGGGAGGUGAAUGAUUUGCUACGUACGCUGAAAAAAAGUGCUUGUGUCAUGUGUGUCUUUCUAAAUUGAAGGAAUGUAAUUCAAGUUAUAUCCAGAAUUUAUGUAGCUGAAAUCCUUUUUGAGUAUAAAUCAGUUAAUCAUAAUAAUAAUAAUCAUCUUUCGUGUAUAGGAUUGACUCUCUCUCUCUUAAUCUACGGUUUAUGUCACGGAGCGGAUCGCAGUUCAAUCCACUUGUUAAUGAUGGAUUGGGAUAAUCAAUAAUACGAAGAAAAAAAAAGACAACAAUAUAGCAAAAAAAGAUCAAACACACGGAAUUACGUGAUUCACUAACACAUGUAUUAACGGUUUCAAUUGUUUUACUUCUCUGAGAAGUCGGAAUCGAAAGAAAUGAUCUCCUUGAGAAAGAUCGUACCUAUGAGAAAGAUCGAACUUUCCCAUCUUGUAUGGGGUGAGAAGGGGAAUCGCUGAUGGUUUCUCUGCCAUUGUCGUAUUCCUUUUCUUCUUGUUCUUCUCCUGCUUCUGACAGUGAAUCCCCACGUGAGAACUUGAGAAAGGCCGGCGCCCGCGUUCAUGGCGGAGAAAGAACAAAGAAAAUGGGAGGGCAUUAUCGCUGACGUCUGAACGGGAGGCCGAAUCAGGGAAAUGAUCGAGAAAUUCAACGUCUGGAUCAUCGAUGACGUAUUCAAGCAUUUGACCACACACGGUAUGGAAGGAAUAUCGUGGACGCCCUUUUCAAGCAUACGAAAAAAGUUUAGCCUUGCCCGCCAAAAGCCCAAAACAUAUCCGAGUUACUUUAAAGAAGAAGAAAGCCCAUCUGAAUUUUGGGGGUCCGAGUUGAGAGGGACAAACCAAAACAAGGCCCUGAAGCCCAAUACCGGGUGUUCUAACAGUGCACCAAUUAAUAAUACAAGCAUUCCAACAAUACGUGAAUUAUAACAAUCGCAAACACCAAACAUGAUUUUAGUCCUAUCAAAUUUUUCGUACACUCGUAUCCGAUGGAUUAUUGUAUCGCAAUAUGGUAAGACUUAAAUAGUAUCAUUUCUCCACUUUCAUAUCGUGAUCUUACCCCUAUGAUAAGACUAGAUAGUAUCAUAAUACCACUAUCAUAAGAUUGCAUAGUACCAUCAUACCAUUAUCAUAUCAUGAUAUGACAGUAGUAAGAUGACGUGAAAAAAACUGAUUUGAAAUCCGAGUUAAAAUCAAAUGAGAUAUUGUCGGUUGAAAUCCUAGUAAUGACACAUUGCCUUAAAUUGCUUUCAUAAAAAAUAAGGUAUAGAUAAUACCCGGUGUAUAUAUAUAAUACAUUCACUAUAUUUGA